UGUUUGAAAAAUGUCGCACGUCGUACGAGAUGUCGCACGGAUUUGAUUUUACCGUUUCGAUAUCGAUUGGUCGAAAGGACGACAAAUGGACGACAAACAAUCGACAUGCAUGACAUCGUUUUUUGCAUCGAUUUUCUGACAGAUUGACGUUUCGGCGGCGUCGGCGAAAAAACUUUGACAGUUUACAUCAAGCAAAAACUUGUUCAGACCGGAUUGAACAAAAGCUAAAAAUUGAGGUUGAAAAUGUAGUGUGCAAAACCAAAUCGGAGCAAAAAGUUGGUUGAUGCAGUACAGCCGGAUACCGAGCCACCCGUGGAAAUAUGGUUCGAAGCCGGGCAUGUCAUUGGCCUCCCCACAGUCAGCACCGAUCCUGGCCCAAGGCCAACACCAUCCGGCUGGUGGUAAAGGCGGUCUCUUCAAUGUAAAUACCACCAAAUUCUUUCAUCAUCCUGUCGCCUCUCUUACGAACAGUGCCACUAAUCCACUUGAUCCUACUCCGCAGAUGCAGUAGUUUCCGUUGCCCAAUUCGCUACCCCCCCAAACCAUAAUGAAGCGUGGCGAGCCAUUUCCAUCAUCAAUCCUAAAAUACAUGAGGACGUACAUGCAACGAUUUGGCUUUUCCUACCUCCUCUUUGACAUCUACAGCCGGAUCCGGAGCUCAACAACAACAACAGCAGGCUUCACACAACAGCCUCAACCUGCCGUCAACUCCGACCUACAACACAACUCCUCCGAAUGUAAUGCUACUCCUGAACUGAGCGGACCUCCCGCCGGCAUGGGACCGAUGCAUCAUAAACCACCAACACAUCUCCGCCAUCCGCCGCCACACGUUCACCAACACGGACCGCCGCAGAUGCCACAGAUGCAAAUGUCCCCGCACGAUCACCGCUGCGGACUAGAGAACCUCUAUGUUCUCUUAUCAUUUCAACACCCAGCAGCAUCUCCCGCACCAUCCGAGCCCCGCGGAAAUGAAGCAAGAAGUCACCCAAUAUAAGCGGAAGUGCCGGAGCGGUUCAAACGCAAGA